AUGAGCGGCUCCCGGCCAGACGUGGUGUGGUGCCCGCAAAACGGCAACCGCUUCGUGAUCUGCGACUCAGAAAUCUCGCUGUACCGCGUGGACGCGGCGCGUGGCGGCGGCGGGGAGGCGCGCGAUGGCAGCCACCGCCUGUCAGAGGAUUCGACCGCCACCCUCCUCGACGUCAACUCGGAGACUCCCUACAUGAAGUGCAUGGCCUGGUGCCCCUGGCAGAAGUCCGAGUGCCUCCUGGCGGUGGGUCAAGCCAACGGGCGCGUCGUGCUGACGAGCCUGGGCCAGGACGGCCUGGCUCGCCACAAGGAGCUCGUGGGCAAGGAGUUUGUGCCGAAGCACGCGCGGCAGUGCAACGCGCUGGCGUGGAACCCGCACGACCGCAGCCUGCUGGGCGCCGGCCUCGACAAGCACCGCGCGGACUUCUCCGCGCUGGUGUGGGACGUCAACGCCAAGUUCACGGCCUCCGAGGGCGCCUCGGCCGCCGCCAUCAUGGAGCGCGGGCGGCUGCUGCUGUCUGGCGAGGCCGAGACGAACAUGGUGGUGACGAAGCCCGUGUGCGAAUUCGGGCAGAACGACGCUUGCCUCUCGCUGGCGUGGCUGCCCCGGGACGCCCGCCUGCUGCUGGCGGGGAUGCAGCGCAACCUGGUGACCUACGACCUGCGCGACACGACGCAGAAGAAGCUGUUUGCCAACACCAAGGCGGUGCAGGGCGUGACCUUCGACCCGCACUUCCCCGACCGCUUUGCGUCGUUCUUCGAGGGCCAGGUGGCCGUGUGGGACCUGCGCGUGCCCGACAAGCCGGUGCUCACGCUCAACGAGCCGUCGCGCCAGCUGAGCAAGGUAGCGUGGUGCCCGACGCGCACGGGGCUGCUGGCGACGCUGGCGCGCGACAGCGGCGUCGUGCGGCUCUACGACAUGCAGCACACGGCGCCCGGCGCGCUGGGGGACGAGGCGGAGCCGCCCAUCAUCGAGCGCAGCGUGCAGCCGUGCGACGGCGCCGUGGCCUCGUUCGCGUGGGUGCCCACGUCGCAGAACGGCAUGCUGGCGCUCAGCCAGUCGCGCGCGCUUGUCGACUUCACGGUGUUCGAGCGCAUCGCGCUGGACUUGCCCGCCGCCUCGCUUGUGUGGGCCUGCGGCCGCCAGCUCUACAACUGCGCCGAGAGCCCUGCGGGGGCCGGGCAGGCCGCAGAGCAGGACAUCUCGGCGAAGAUGAAGCGGCGCGCGCUGAACCGCUAUGGCGUGGAGACGGAGCUUGUGUGGACUAACCACGUGCUGGCCAUGGACGACGACCCGCAGCUCAAGUCGCUGUGGUACACGCUACACUUCAUGAAGCGCUAUGUGCAGGAGCAGGAGGACAAGCCCGGCAGCCAACUGCCCGCCGUCUACCAGGGCAUCAAGGCCAUCGUGCGGCCAGAUCCCGGGAAGCCGGAGAGCCUGCGCUUGUCGUGCUCGGACCCCGAGCGCCGCCUCGAGGUCUACACUUUCGACAGCGCGGAACGCCGCUUGGCGCUUCGCCUCUGCGGGUGGACGGGGCCGGGCCCCGCUCAGGAGCGGCCGCCACUGCGCUCGGCGCUGGAGCCGGACGAGGAGUGGGAGCGCCGCGCCGCGAUGGCGCUCUUCCACCUGCGCAUGCGCGCCGCCAUCGACAUCUUGCAGCAGGGGGCGGCCUGCGCAAGCGGCGACGUGAACCUGAACGUGGUGGCCAUGGCGCUGUCGGGCUACUCGGCAGAGCGCGCGUCCCUCUGGAGGGAGAUGUGCGCCGCAUUGCGUCUGCAGCUCUCCAACCCGUACCUCCGCGCCGCCUUCGCCUUCCUCACCAGCGACGCAGGCAGCUACGAGCACGUGCUG